AUUAUGAUUUUGAUGCAGAGUCAAUGGUGUCAACGUUUUCAAAAUGGCAAGUACGGUGAAUGAGAUCGUGGCUCAAGUGAAGGAAAAUCUUACGGAAUAUCAGAAUGCAACAACCGCAAGAGUGCCGUCGACACCCGAAGGAAUGGCUAUUGCUUACGGUAGUCUCAUUAUUAUGGCCAUUUUACCGAUUUUUUUCGGUAGCUAUCGUGCCGUCAAACAUCAUAAAGAACAGCAGCAACAGUACAAAGCCAGUGGUGAACAACCUGAUACAAUGUCUCGUAGAGAGGCUGCUAUGUUUCCUCUUAUUUCCAGUGUUACAUUAAUAGGCUUGUAUAUAUUGUAUAAGGUAUUUGCAAAAGAGUAUGUUAACCUGAUAUUGGCUGGAUACUUUUUCUUCCUUGGCAUUUUAGCUUUGUGUCAUCUUACCAGUCCAUUGAUCUCAUCAUUGGUACCUGCUGCAAUUCCAAAAACGCAAUAUCACAUUUUAUUUACAAGAGGAAAAGAUGAUAAAGAAGAGCAUAUAAUUAACUAUAAAUUUAAUCUACAUGACAUUGUUUGUCUUGUAUGCUGUUCACUCGUGGGUGCUUGGUAUCUUUUAAAAAAACAUUGGAUAGCUAAUAACCUAUUUGGUAUAGCAUUUGCCAUAAAUGGAGUUGAAUUGUUACACCUCAACAAUGUUGUGACUGGAUGCAUUUUGCUCUGUGGUCUUUUAUUUUACGACGCCUUUUGGGUGUUUGGUACAGAUGUAAUGGUGACGGUAGCGAAAUCUUUUGAAGUUCCCAUUAAACUCGUCUUUCCACAAGAUCUUUUAGAAAAGGGCUUGAGCGCCGGUAAUUUUGCUAUGCUGGGAUUGGGUGACAUUGUAUUACCUGGUAUCUUUAUCGCAUUGUUGUUGCGGUUUGAUAAUAGUCUCAGUAGGAAGACAAAUGUUUACUUCUAUUCGACGUUCUUCGCAUACUUCAUGGGAUUACUCGCCACCAUGAUGAUCAUGCACUUAUUCAAUCACGCACAACCUGCUUUAUUGUAUCUAGUACCCGCGUGUGUAGGCACGCCGUUGCUCUUAGCAUUAGUCAAAGGAGAUCUCAAGGCACUUUUCUCGUAUGAAGAUCAUCCGUCGCAACCUAUAAAUGGAACGCAACAAUCGGAACAAACGCAAAUAGAAGCGAAAAAGGAUAAAUAAUAUGUUAAUUAAUAACACGAAAAGUAUGAGGUAUUCGCGACAUUAUCGCGCUAUAAUUUUCCAAAUUCUUCGAACAGAAAAAGAAAAGUAAAGAAAGAUUAAUCAUGGUUCAUGCUCAAGACGUACAAUCACGCAUUGUGAAAACUAUAGCUUAUAAUUAUGCCUUGCAUGCACAUGAACUGCAAGGUAUAUAAUUCCGAUUCUCACUGUAGUAAACACUCGCGGGUAUCGUUUCAAUCGCCAAAAAAAAGUUCAACGAUAGGAAAUAGGAUUGUGAUAAUUAAAGAAACCGUUUCAUUUGCAUGCAACAUUAAAGAGAAAUUUUUAUCACUCAUGUAUGGUAUCGGUGGAAAAUGGUUCCAUGAUACUGGAAGGAACAUAUCGGGAAGAUGUUGAAUAUUAAUUGUAGUUUCAUUAUUUCACAUAUAGUGUAAAAUAAUAUAAAAAUACUUCCAAUUGUUGAUUUAUAUUUUGUACAUAGUAAUGUGUACAAUAGUUUCUAUAUGAAAAUCUCUCUUUUACAGUGUAUUUUACAUUCUAAAAAUUAGUUCAGAAUUAAGUUCCAAUUAUAUAUAAGUUUCUAUUAUAAGAGUAAAUUCUCUUCAGGAUUUCUCUUUCUGAUCACUACCAUGUGUGAGUGAUAAUCAUAAAUUGUGAAUGUAUUGUUGUAAAGUUGACCUUCUUUCUAUGCAAUACAUUAAACGAAUUAAUAUAAAACGGA